UAUUCCGCUGUGCAUCUCGACAAAGAUGGCUUAAGAAAAGAAUUUCCGAAGAACAAAACCCAUCAACAGCUCUUCUGAAAGCCCUAGCAGCACUCAUCACUGUGAUUCAUCUUCCGAAGCCCUAGCAUCUCCGGUUGCCAAAGUGGAAAAGGAAUGGGAAAACAACAAAAGCAUACAGACAUGGAAGCAUACAGAAAUUCUUUUCUUGAACCUGGAAGGAAGGCUGCUCCCUAUCAGAACUGAACCUGGAAAUAAACCUCACAAAAGCGAUUUUGGCUUGGCCGCGCUUGGGGAUAUUCGAAUCGGAAGACCAAAUGUUCGAAGAAAUCAGCAGAGCAGAGGCCACGGCUUGAGGAAGACCAGAAGUCGGAACAAAAGCCAGAUCCUUUCCCGUCGCCAUCGAGAACAGCAGCAGAGUAGAGGCGGCCACGCUUGUGGAAAACUGGGUUUGAGGAAGUAGGUCACGGAAAGGCAAGAUCCUCUCGUUUCGAGUUUUGGUCUUUUUGAUCAUUUCCUUCCCUGCCAGCGUGGAGGUGCGUUAAAAAGUUGCUUAAGAAAAGAAUUUCCGUGAAUUAAAACAUGGUCUUUUUUGUGUUCUUUCGAGAGCCCCCUCCAGUUCUGCCCUAAAUCAGUGAAUCUCUGAAUCGAUUUCCAAACUGUCUCGCAUUUCCCGCACUCCCCAGGCUCGCUCCCUCCCAACAUUUUCUUUUCGUGGAAACCCACUCCAUCCCCCUCUCUGCGCUAAGUCCUCGACUUAGUGGUUAAGAAUUGGAAUCCCAGAAAACAAAAACAACGAAAAGUUGAAAACUCGCUGCCCUGCUCUCCGAGCAUGGCGGGGUCCAGCAAGUCAUCGAAUGCAGAAAACGCCAAUGUUGACAGCCUGAGGAACUUGAAUGUUUCACUCCUGGAUAAAAGGGACAAUGUUAUGGAAAUUCUAUAUGGGAAAGAUGGAAGUGAAAGUGUCGAAGAACCGAAGGUUGGAAUGAGUUUUUCAUCCGAAGAAGAAGUCAGGUUAUAUUAUAUGAAGUAUGCUAAGCAAGUAGGGUUCGGUGUAUCAAAAAGAAGUUCUAAACCUGGAGAUAAUGGGAAGUUGAGAUAUUUUACCCUUGCAUGUGUUCAACAAGGCACGCCAAAAAGCAACGCAUCCAAUAUUCUUAAACCAAGACCAGUGGAAAAAAUGGGGUGCAAGGCCAAGAUCAAUGCGGCUUUAACUCUUGAUGGAAGGUUUACUUUGUCUACCGUUGUGCUUGAACACACACAUGCUUUGAGUCCAGGAAAAGCAAUAUUUUUUAGAUGUCAUAAGAGGUUAGGUUCUAAAGCAAAGAGAAAGCUUGAACCCAAUGAAACAUCUGGAAUACAUACAAGUAAGAACUUCAAAUCACUUGUUGAAACAAAGAGUUCUGAGAAUCUUCCUCUUGAAGAGAAAGAUUACCAGAUUGACAAAACAAGGCAACAUCAACUAGGAGUGGGAGGUAGCGAAGCUCUUCGUAACUUCUUCAUUAGAAUGCAACAAAAAAAUGACCAUUUUUUCUACGUGAUGGAUGUGGAUGAUGUAUGCCAAGUGAGAAAUGUGUUUUGGGCAGAUGCACGAUGUAAAGCUGCAUAUGAAUCUUUUGGAGAUGUAAUAACAUUUGAUACAACAUACUUGACCAAGGCAUAUAAAAUUCCACUUGUAUCUUUCGUGGGAGUGAAUCAUCAUGGUCAGUUGAUUCUUUUUGGGUGUGGAUUAAUAUUAAGUGAGGAUACAAAUAGUUUUGUAUCGUUGUUUGAAUCAUGGUUGAGAUUUAUGAAUUGUCAAGCUCCCAAUGCAAUAAUUACAGAUCAAGAUAAAGCAUUACAAAAUGCAAUUGCAAGGGUUUUCCCAAGAGCUCAACAUAGAUUUUGUUUGUGGCAAAUCAUAAAAAGACUUCCAGAAAAUUUUGGAGCACACUCCCAAUACGAAGCCAUUAAGAGCAAUCUACAAAGUUGUGUAUAUGACUCUUCAAGUCGUGAUGAAUUCGAAGAAAGUUGGCAAAAAUUACUUGAGAGGUAUAAGCUUCAUGAUAAUGCUUGGUUGAAUUUGCUAUAUGGUGAGCGACAUCUCUGGGUUCCAUCAUACUUAAAAAAUACAUUUUUGGCCGGGAUGUGUACAUUACAACGGGGUGAAGGUAUGAAUUCUUUCUUCGAUGAUUAUGUGAACUCAAAGACCACAUUGAAACAAUUUUUUGAGCAGUAUGAUAAUGUCUUGAGGAGAAAGGUUGAGAAUGAGAUUACAGCUGAUUUCAAUUCUUUUAGUACACAAAUUCCUUGUAUAACCCAUUAUUCUAUUGAGAAGCAAUUUCAAGAAGUUUAUACCAUCGCAAAGUUCAAAGAAGUUCAAGAUGAGUUUAGGGGAUUUUUAUAUUGUGUUGCAUCUUUGCCGACGUGUGAAGGUUCAAUUCAUUUGUAUCAAGUGGCUGAUGAGAUAAAAGUUGAUGGAUUCAUAAAACAUGCAAAAUUUUGUGUUGCCUUCAAUGAAGAUAAUUCUGAAGUGAAAUGCCCUUGUAACUUGUUUGAGUUCAAAGGAAUCCUGUGUAGACAUGCUCUUCGUGUGUUGACCAUGUUACAUAAAGACUUGUCGUCAAAAUACAUUUUGGAUCGAUGGAGGAAGGAUUUGAAACGAAAACAUACUUUUGUUAAGAGCAGUUAUGAUGAUUUAAGUGGGAAUCUAGAAGCACAAAGAUAUGAUAAGCUGACUAAGUCAUUUUUUGAAGUAGCAUUGAUUGCAUCAAAAAGCGAGGAAGCUUGCAUGAAGUCAAUUAGUCAUGUAAGUCAAUUGAAGGGGGAAUUGGUUCAUCAUGGGUCAAGUUGUGAUAGCAGUACACCCUCCCAUCACCUUCCAGGUGCUUCCCUCGGCAUUUCAAUGCAGGCACCACAUCAUACAUUGGAAGUUAUGGAUCGGGAUGGUGGAAUGUCCACUACAAAUCAAGAUUUACGUGUUAAUAUUCACUGGUCUGCCGUUUUUUGAAGUAAGAAUGGGUUUCUAGGUGAGCCAUUGAGCUGAAUUUGUUC